AGUAUCUGGAGAUGCCACCGUCACCCAUGAUGGUCAGUGGAGAAAUUAUUACAGACCAAUCCCUCGCGGGAAAUAUCACUUUCAAUCAAGUAAAAUUCAGCUACCCAACCAGACCCGACCACAUUAUUUUAAAACACUUUAACUUACACAUUCCUGCUGGAAAGACAGUAGCUAUCGUCGGUGCGAGUGGUAAUGGAAAAUCGACGAUAGGUGCUUUAUUAGAAAGAUUUUACGACGUCGACGAUGGUUCGAUUGCGAUCGAUGGCAAGGAUUUACGAUCUCUGAAUGCCAGCUACUUGCGCGGUAACGUCCUGGGAUACAUAGAUCAAGAGCCUAUUUUAUUCGCUACUAGUAUUAUGGAGAACAUACGCUAUGGGAAACCAGAUGCCACGGACGAAGACGUGGGUACUAUAUUAACACUAGAUUGCCCAAGGAAGUCAUUUUGACUG